UCGCCGCAUUUCGCCGAAAGCCGGCCCGGAUGACAUCUCGCGGCGUGAAACGGACUCAAUCUGUCAUCAUGGCUGUCUCGAGGGAGAAAUUGAGGACGGAAAUAAAUGCCAUCCUGAAGGAUGCCGACUUGUCGGUGAUGUCGGCCAAGAAGGUGCGACAGACGCUGGAGGAGAAGCUGAACUGCAACCUCUCGGCCCGGAAGAAGGAGGUGGACGAGCUAGUGAUGGACUUUGUGAAUUCCAAGGACAACAACGACGCGUCCGGCAGCGAGGAGGAGGAUGAGUCAGAGGAGGAGGCACCCAAGAGGGGCGCCAAGAGGCCGCCACCGACGAAGAAGCCCGUGGCGAAGAAGAGAGGCGGCGACAGUAGUGACGAGAGUGAGUCUGGCGGCGAGGAGGCCUCCGACGAUGACUACAAGCCACAGAAGAAUUCGGCCAAGAAGGGUGCGCCGAAGGGGAAGCGCAAGAAGGAUGACUCUGAGUCAGACUCCGACGAGGACUGGAAGGCGCCGAAGAAGGCACCCAAGAAAGCCGGCGCCGCUGCUGCUAGCACGGGCAAGGGCAAAGGCCGUGGCACCGGCUUCACUCGGGCCUACACACUCUCGCCGGAGCUGGCGGCUCUCAUGGGGGCCGAGGCUCUGCCGCGCCACGAAGUGGUGAAGAAGAUGUGGGCCAUGAUCAAGGAGCGCAACCUGUACGACCCGAAGAACAAGCAGUACGCCAUCUGCGAUAAUGAUCUCAUCAAGGUAAUUGGCGUGAAGCGUUUCAGGACAUUCGGAAUGCUCAAGUACCUUCGGGAGCACUUCCUCGACUAGACGCAAGUGCUGAGCAGCGUGCCAUGAGGCACUCAUUCACUUGCCAUCCUCACGAGGAUGGGGAAUCUUCUAUUUUUUAAUUAUCCUUUGCGGUCCCUCCCGAAAUGUGCUAUAGAGACAAGUCUUUUCAUCCUGUUUUUGUCAUAGAUUGUACCUGUACAAUCAUCGAGUAAUUAUUUGGUAGUUUUUAAGGGGUUUUCUUUUAGUGCUAAUGUUUUUUUCUUUGUCUUUAUCACGAGUGAACUUACAGAUGAGAGUUUAUAUGAAGUCAAUCUAUUCAAGAUAUUCCACGAUAUUCUUUAGCCUUUUGAGUAUAAGAGUGUAAAAGAUACAAGAAAUUACAAUUUUCAGGUAAUAAAUGACACAUUUCGCUUAAAAA